GCGGGGCCGCGAAGGCCGGGGAGGGGCGGCGCGGCGGCGAGCUCGCGCCUGUGUCGCUCGAGAGCGAGCACGUACCCCCGGGGGCGCGCGCGGCUGGCGGCUCCUCAGCGCGGAGCAGGGGGACGCAGCGAGGUCGCUGCUGUUCACUACCUUUAAGACAUUGUGCAAGUAGCAGUCUUUCAGAGCUUCCUUUCUUCUUUGAAAAAGCAGCAUGCCUGAAGGUUGUGAGGAUUCAAAGAGAUAAUCCACAUACAGUGAGUGGUACCGCCGUACCUGGCAUAUGAGAAAAGGAGUCAUCAAGCUUUGGUGUAUGUGUUGGCCAGUUCUGACAUCUCCUUGAAGGAGUGCUGCAUUGAGGAAGAUCAAAACAAGAUUGUUUGCAAAUUUUAGGGAAUGGACCGUUUGGGUUCCUUUAGCAAUGAUCCCUCUGAUAAGCCACCUUGCCGCGGCUGCUCCUCCUACCUCAUGGAGCCUUAUAUCAAGUGUGCUGAAUGUGGGCCACCUCCUUUUUUCCUCUGCUUACAGUGUUUCACUCGAGGAUUUGAGUACAAGAAACAUCAGAGUGAUCAUACUUAUGAGAUCAUGACCUCAGAUUUUCCUGUUCUUGACCCCAGCUGGACUGCUCAGGAAGAAAUGGCCCUUUUAGAAGCUGUGAUGGACUGUGGCUUUGGAAAUUGGCAGGAUGUAGCCAAUCAGAUGUGCACCAAGACCAAGGAAGAGUGUGAGAAGCACUAUAUGAAGCAUUUCAUCAAUAACCCUCUGUUUGCAUCUACCCUGCUGAACCUGAAGCACGCGGAGGAGGCGAAAACUGCUGACACAGCCAUACCAUUUCAGUCUACAGAUGACCCUCCCCGACCUACCUUUGACUCCUUGCUUUCUCGGGACAUGGCAGGAUACAUGCCAGCUCGAGCAGAUUUCAUCGAGGAGUUUGACAAUUACGCAGAAUGGGACUUGAGAGACAUCGAUUUUGUUGAAGAUGACUCGGACAUUUUACAUGCUCUGAAGAUGGCUGUAGUAGAUAUCUAUCAUUCCAGGUUAAAGGAGAGACAAAGGCGAAAAAAAAUUAUAAGAGACCAUGGAUUAAUCAACCUUAGAAAGUUUCAGUUAAUGGAACGGCGGUAUCCCAAGGAAGUCCAAGACCUUUACGAAACAAUGAGGCGAUUUGCAAGGAUAGUGGGGCCAAUGGAGCACGACAAGUUCAUUGAAAGCCACGCACUGGAAUUUGAACUCCGAAGGGAAAUCAAGAGGCUCCAGGAAUACAGGACAGCAGGCAUUACCAAUUUUUGUAGUGCCAGAACCUAUGACCACCUCAAGAAGACGCGGGAGGAGGAGCGCCUUAAACGCACCAUGCUCUCGGAAGUCCUGCAGUACAUCCAGGACAGCAGUGCUUGCCAGCAGUGGCUCCGGCGGCAGGCUGACAUUGAUUCUGGCCUGAGCCCUUCUAUUCCGAUGACUUCAAAUUCAGGUAGACGAAGUGCACCACCCUUGAACCUCACUGGCCUCCCUGGCACAGAGAAGCUGAAUGAAAAAGAAAAGGAGCUCUGUCAGAUGGUGAGGUUGGUCCCAGGAGCCUAUUUAGAAUACAAAUCUGCUCUAUUGAACGAAUGUAACAAGCAAGGAGGCUUGAGACUGGCGCAGGCAAGAGCACUCAUCAAGAUAGAUGUGAACAAAACCCGGAAAAUCUAUGAUUUCCUCAUCCGAGAAGGAUACAUCACUAAAGCCUGAGGCUCUGAGGGCUUCGGAUCAGAAAUCACAAAUUUGGAAUGCGGUAGGCCAAAGGACAGCACAGGCAUUCUGGAGAGUUUCAUUGCUGAGCUGAGUUCUCGUUGUAAAAAGAGGGGAAGGACAAAGGGAACCUUACGUUGUAUUAAUAUCUACUUUUCUUUUCCACCCUGCUUUAAAACACUCCUGUUGUUGGUGUUGUGCUGCAAAGUUAUGUGCUAGAUAAGCUAUUAUUAAAUGUGAGUGGGCCUCUAUUCCCAACACCUCUUGUAACUAAAACAAGAACCAUAGUACCUCACAUCAGAAUGUCAGUAGAAAUAGAACUGAAGCAGUCUGUAGUCCCGGGAGUCCAGAUCUUUGUACUUGGGAAGUUGGUUUUCUGAUUAUCUGUUUUGCCUUCAAACAUUACAGAAAGAUCUAAAAUAAAGAGAAAGGUUAUAGAGCAUGAGAAAGCUUUCUCUUUCCUUCUGAGGAUUUUUUUAAGCUGAUGACUUACGUUUAUGAGCAAAUGGGAGGAAAAAUCUCCCCGUGAUGGUCUUGUCCCAAACUACAUCUUCCCCUUUUAAUGUCUGGCUUUCUACUUGACUGUCUAAUCUGCGGUAGACUCUUGAGGAGGUGGCACCGGAUAUAAAAUGUCUGUUAUUUUUAGAAUUAAUGGAUUAAAAUGUUUUGCU